AUGGUGAUUGGUAUCAACGGGAAUGAUAACGCUUUGACUUUCACUGGCGUUGAGAGAACAGGCAAGCCGCAGUGGGUAUCAUUCUGGUAUGAGAAUAUCGAUGAUUCCAGUUUCGGUAACAAUCCGGGCGGCUCGCCUGAUCGCAAGGGCAGUGAUUGGGAUAUCAAACGCAUCAGCAGUGUCACUGUCAACGGAGAUACUUCUAAUGUGCAGUCGCUCUACCAACACGACACGAAUAAGGGAACCGUUCUCUCUACUCCCCUUAAGCUGACCCUUAAGAAGGGCAAGAACAACACCAUCAAGAUUGGCGGAUUGUCUAAUGGCUUCGGUACCCAGGGAGCCAGUAUGGCUAAGAUUGUUGUAUAUCCUUCAGAGUCCUAG